AACAUCUUAUUUUAAUUGCAUUAUAUUCAUAAAAAUGUAUGUUUUAGUCUCUAAAUUUCGCAGAAGCCUUCGACAAUGAGGUAUUCAUUUUGCAGCUUUUCGGCUUUUACCCCGCGCGAAAUCACCCGAAUCGCAGGAAAAUUUUGUAUAGGAAAAUUCCCUGUUUAUUCAUAUGCUUCAUGCUGCUGCUAUCGGCUUUUCUGCAAGUCCUGCUGCAUGAUUGCAGCUUCUCCGACCUUCUGGACUCCUGCAUUUUCGUCGUCAACGAGACUACCUUCUUGUUCAAGCUGCUGCAGAUCCACCAGAAGGCGGAAUUGCUGGAGAAACUCCGAUUGUACCUGCAGGAUAUCCGCGCGACGGAUGUUUCCAAGCGGAUGAUGGAAAAUUUGCUGGUCAGGCAGUCCAAAAGGAAUAAAAUCGCUUUAAUUUACCGGUCAUUGCUAUGCCUGUUUGUCGUUGAACACUUUUUAAUGCUUUUCAUUCAAACGGAAAGGAAGUUUUUACCUAUUAUGACUUGGAUACCUUACGAUUAUAGUAAAUUUAGUUUGUACUAUCCGACAUUUUCGUUUCAAAUAGUUGUUGUUUCGAUUUCUGCUUUGAGCGAUAUAUCUUUGGAUUGCAUUUAUUACGCUUUAAUAGACGUGGUUUGUUGCCAGCUGGAUAUUUUAAUUUAUUAUUUUAAAGCGCUGAAUUUCUCUAAAAAUAGAGAUUUUAUUAAAACCAAAUUAAAGAUGAAUAUUGUUUAUCACCAAAAAGUUAUCGAUUUUGUUAAAGAUAUCGAAAAAUUGUAUUCCAAUAUAAUAUUCAGCGAAUUACUGAAGAGCCUCAUUGAAAUUUGUUUUAUCGGUUUCCGAUUAACUGUUUUGGACGUCUCUUCUAUGGAGUUUUUCAUGCAAUUAUUUUAUUUUAUGGGGAUGUUCUGUGAAAUAUUGUGCUACUGUUGGUUCGGAGAAAUUUUAACGUUAAAGAGCAAAGAAAUAGGGGAUGCUUGCUACAUGACACCGUGGAAUGAGUUCGACAAAGAGCUGAAAAAUAUGUUACUAAUUAUGAUAACGAGGUCGCAAGUACCUUUAGUAAUUCGAGCAGGGUUCAUGAAAUUAUCACUUCGUACCUUAACUGGAGUAAGUAUAAUAAUGUUAGGGAUUUUGUCAGUUAUUUAUACAAAAAGUAGUACUCAAAAUCACUUUGAUAACAAUCCAAUUUAAUUUGAGUUUUUUUAGGUUCUAAAAUCAUCGUAUUCGUAUGCUGCCGUUUUGAAAACUCUAUACAAAUAAACGAAGUAGGUCGUCUUAAAAAUUUUAAUGAGUAAAAAAUCAGUACAAUUCACCGCUUUUAUACAUUAUACAAUAUUUAGAUACUAACUAGAUACAUCGUGAAAUAUUGAACUUUAUUAAAUGCCUACGCUUCUGC